AUGGGAACGAAUGCACUCAGUUUCCUAUGCCCACCUGAACAAUUUGGUAUUGUCGAGCCAGGCAUUUACCGGUCAGACAUGAUUCAACAAGCCAAUUUUACCUUUUUGAAACAGUUUGGUUUCAAAACACUAGUGAUGCUCAGUCCUGAGCUUCCGAAUAGAGUAACAACUAAUUUCAUUGAAGAAGGAAACAUUCAACUGGUCCACGUUGGUAUGGCCACGUGGAAGCCAACACAGCCUUCAACAUGGCGACCUGUUUCUGAAGAGUUGAUCAAGGAAGGACUCGAACUCAUUCUGAAUGCUGAAACUCACCCUAUUUUGAUCAUGUGCACAUCAGGUAUUCAUGAAACUGGUACCUUGGUGGGUUGCUUAAGAAAGCUGGAAGGAUGGAACUUUAGUUCGAUUGUGACCGAAUAUCGAGCUUAUGCAGGAUCCAAAGCGAGAUAUGUGAAUGAGCAAUUUAUAGAACUAUUUGAUCUUGAUUUGGUCACACUACCUUUACAUUUGCCCUCAUGGUUCAUUCAUCAACAAAAGAUGCUGGCUGAGGAAGAACAAGAGCUACGAAAAGAGGCUUGA